AAGAAAAAUAGGAGUCAGAAAUGAUCUUACCAGCCUUACUGACAUCUGCUGGUUUCAAUAUUGUGAUUUGUAUCGGGUUUUUCUCGCUAUAUUCAAUAUUGAGAAAACAACCGUAUAAUUUGAAAGUUUAUUUCGGGCAGAGGCUCGCACAGCUUCAGCCAGGCCAAAAGAGCCAAUAUUACUUUUUUGACAGACUUAUCCCAUCUGCUGGCUGGUUAGUUAAGGCAUGGGAAGCAUCUGACGAUGAUAUAUGUGCCUGCGGGGGUAUAGAUGGACUCGUGUUUAUUAGGCUCAUCGUUUUCUGCAUACGGAUUUUUUCCGUUGCAGCUGUUCUUUGCAUAUUUAUUGUCCUUCCUGUGAACUUGUUUGGGCAAGCGAUAGAUCAGACGUCUCCAGAAACACAGAUGGACAUAUUUACUAUUAGGAAUGUUCCAGAAGGUUCUACAGGGCUUUGGGCGCAUUUCUUCUCGCUCUAUGUCAUAUCUGUCUCUGCUUAUGUUCUUCUAUACAUUGAGUUCAAGAAUGUUGCAAGAAUGAGGUUAGAACAAGCAAUUAGGUUUCCAAGAAAACCAAGUCACUACACAGUUCUUGUCCGGGGUAUCCCAUGGUCUCCAGGAGAAUCAUAUAGUGAAGUUGUUAGUAAACACUUCACCAGUUGGUAUAAUGUGAGUUAUCUUGCACACCAAAUGGUUUAUCAAUCUGGUGCUAUCCAGAAAUUAAUGACGGAAACAGAAAAGAUAUAUAAUGUGCUUAAAGAGAGUACUCCUAUAAACCAAUAUGUACAACCAAUAACUUUGGAGGCUCUCCCACCUACAAACCCUUUGAAAAUAGUUGCUGCUGAAACAGAAACUGCUUUCAAGAAACAUAAACAUAAGCAUAAAUCAGAUAUGAAGGGUCAGGAAUGUGCAGCAGCAUUUGUGUUUUUUAGGACCCGAUACGCUGCUAUGGUGGCAUCACACACCAUCCAGUCAAAAGAUCCUAUGUUAUGGGUCUCAGAUUUUGCUCCAGAACCGCACGAUGUUUAUUGGGCUAACCUUUGUAUACCGUAUAGAUAUCUUUGGAUCCGUAAGACGUUAGUCUUUAUCGGCACUAUUCUCUUCAGCGUGUGGUUUUUGUUACCUACAACAUUAGUUCAAGGUCUUUGUAAUAUUGCUCUGUUGGAGAGCACUUUUCCGUUCCUCAAAGGAGUAUCAGAAAGGUUUUAUGCAAAUAUCAUAUCCGGGUAUCUACCAAGUCUGGUGCUGACGUUUUUCGUUUUGCUCGUGCCACCUGUGAUGCUGAUGUUUGCUACACUUGAAGGAGCCGUUUCGCGUAGUGGGAGAAAAAAGAGUGCAUGCUGCAAAGCUAUCAUCUUCUUUUUUUGGAAUAUAUUUUUGUACAACCUUUUCACAGGUACUUGGUGGGACCGUAUGCGUUUACUUACUGUUUCUGGUUUAAAAGACAUGGCUAUCCUUCUUGGCAAUUUAGUUCCUGGUCAGGCACCCUUUUUUAUGACCUACAUUAUGACAACUGGUUGGGCAAGUCUCGCAUACGAAUUGAUGCAACCAUUUGUUCUUAUAGUCAAUUGGUUUUGUCAAUUUGUUCUUAUGAGAAAAGAAGGCUAUGGUGAUCUUUACACUUUCCCUUAUCACACUGAAGUUCCACGGACUCUUUUGUUUACGCUUCUCGGAUUCACAUUUGCCAUUUUGGCGCCUUUGAUAUUACCUUUUCUUCUCGUCUACUACUUCUUCGCCUAUUUUGUAUAUAGAAAUCAGAUCUUGAAUGUUUAUAUUACGAGAUAUAAUACAAAUGGAAAUUAUUGGCCUGUUGCACAUAAUGCCGCGGUCUUCUCUUUAGUAGUCAUGCAAACAAUAGCUUCAAUCAUCUUUGGAAUGAAAAACUUUGGCACUGCAUCCGGCUUUGCGUUGAUACUCAUAAUCUUCACUUUGCUUUUCAACUUGUAUUGCCGCCAUAAGUUUUUACCACUUUUUACAAAUAAAGCUGUACAGGAUCUUAUUGAGAUGGACCGGCAUGAUGAGCAUUCUGGAAAGCUUGAAGAGAUUCUUUCACGGUUACUAUCAUCAUAUAAUAACGUUGGAGUAUUUUCUGGUAAUCAUCCAACUGAUCUGCUUUCACCUGAGUACGAAAUUCAUAACGACGAUCCUAUGGUAGUCACAAGACGUAAAGAAGGCGAGACCAGGUUUGGGUUCCUUGUUUGCUAUUGCUAA